GACGUCAACAAAUCGGUUCUUCCGCUGCCGGUGGGGCGAACGUGAGCUGCCAAGAAGAAAAAGAAGAGGAGGAAAAAGCAGAAGUGUCUAUACCGUCGAAACAAUUACAGAUAGCGCUUUUUAUGACACUGACUUACGCUCCAGAAAAAUAAUCAAAGCAUCGUGUCCAAGAUCUGAGAAAGCCAUCCCACUCCAGGUAACGUUAGCAGGUGACCGACAAUGGCUGUAAACGUGUACUCGACUUCAGUGACCAGUGACAACUUGAGUCGUCAUGACAUGUUGGUCUGGAUCAAUGACUCUCUACAGAUGAACCUCACCAAAAUAGAAAUGUUGUGUACAGGUGCUGCCUACUGCCAGUUCAUGGACAUGCUCUUUCCCAACUCUGUGCCUCUGAAGAAAGUAAAAUUUGGUGCCAAGCUGGAGCAUGAAUACAUCCAUAACUUCAAGCUUCUGCAGGUUUCCUUCAAAAAGAUGGGAGUCGACAAAAUCAUUCCAGUAGACAAACUGGUGAAGGGGAAGUUCCAGGACAACUUUGAGUAUGUCCAGUGGUUUAAGAAGUUCUUUGAUGCCAACUAUGAUGGGAAGGAGUACGACCCAGUGGAGGCUAGGCAGGGCCAGGAUGCCAUGCCCAUACCCAACACUGCCACGUCAGCUCUCACCAAAACCCCUAAGAAGGCCCUCAGUCAAGCUCCUCAAAGGCCACCUGUUGCCAAGGUAGCGCCCAAGCUGGCUAACGUCAGUGCGAGGAAGCCGGGAAUGGGAGGAGGCGACGAGGAAAGGGCGGAGCUUAUGAAUGAGGUGGAGAUGCUGAAAUCUACCAUUCAGGACAUGGAGAAGGAGAGAGACUUUUAUUUUGGUAAGCUGCGGAACAUUGAGCUCAUUUGCCAGGAGAAGGAAGGAGAGGGCGACCCCACGCUGCAGAGGAUCAUCGACAUCCUCUACGCCACAGAUGAGGGUUUCGUGAUUCCGGAUGCCGAGGAGCAGGAGGAGUUUUAAUAUUCAAGACAGCAGGCGAUGCCCUGGUCUACACGCCCCCACCUCAAGAUCCUUUCUCAAGCCGAGACAGCCAGUUUGGUUUUCUAUCAUCACCAAACCUGAUCUCUCGACUUGUGCCCCACCAGCCCUGAACCCAAAUCCCAACCUGCUGGACCUCUUCCUCUAUCUUCUUCUUUUAACAAUAAUCAAGAAGGCCUCGGUCAAAGGCUCUUCUUCUUCUUCUUCCACACCUGUCAGUCUGCGAGAGUCCCAGGCCCCCACCCUCACCUGUAAUCCCAUCCUUCCCCAAACCAGAUUGUGCAGUACAUGUCUGGUUUUUGUAAUGGACUUGAGUGUGAAAACACGGUGAUGUUCUGUGUGUGUGUGUGUGUGUGUGUGUGUGUGUGUGUGUGUGUGUGUGUGUGUGUGUGUGUGUGUGUGUGUGUGUUUAAAAUCCAUUUGAAACCAAUCCAACACGAAGAAGCUCCUCUGAAGACCUGGCUGUCAUCACUUUGUCCCAAACUAAGCCACAUGGUUUGUUUUUGUCUGAUGGCGCGGCAGCCAUUUUGUGCCUCUCCUGUUGAUACUGAAUUAGAUUAAUUUGUAGGAAGAUGCAUGCCCAGAGAAAUACACACACAUUCCCAACUACGACACUUAGUUUUGCAGUUUUAAAAAAAAAAACCAAAUCUGAGCUGUAUUUAGUAUGUUUUGCUAGCUGGUCCCAUUUUGAGUCCUGCUGAAGAUGAGUAGUGUGUUUUGAACUACUUGAUCCAGUUUGAUGUAGCCGAUAUAUUUGACUCUGAAGGGCUCAGGGUUUAGUCUGGGACAAGGCAACAGCCGGGGGGGUUUCUCUCUGCCUUUUUACCACCAAGGAGACCUCCUGCUGUAGUCGUGUUUGUAAAUGUGUGCUACUGUUUAUAUGUAUUAUCCCCCUCACUCCAUUUCAUUUCUUAUUCUUUUUAUUUAGUUUUCUCUGUUGCAAGUUAUUUAGGCACCUGUCAGUGAUGCUCUUAACAUUUUUUUUUCACGCUCACUAAAACAUCACUGUGGCAAGCUUUGACUUGUUUUCUCACAACAAUAGAGAAAAAAGGAGGGGUUACUGAUAUAGAAAGUGCUGCUCUUCUUGUAGCAGAUCACAUGCUCCCACUUGACCUCAGCUUCUUAAAUCAACUCUAGGAAAGUGGCUUUUUCUUCCAGUCGAUGUGUGACGGCAGCCUUUUGAUCAACAUGCCCAUGUUUAGUAAAAAAAAGCUUACCAAUAGUUUUCGGUUAUGUCUUUUUGGAGUUUUAAGGCCCACCCCACCACUGUUUUAUAGCAGUUACCCUUACUUAGGCUUCAGCCAAUAGAAAACUCCUCCUGAGGGGGGGGG